AUGUCGUCCGCCUUCCUUCCAUCGUUGUCGGCUUGCUGCUCGUUCACCGCAAUUCCACCGCCUAUGGCAAUUUGGGGCAGCGGUAAAGUGACGUCCAUGACGCUCACUAACACUGUCCGCAAUAUGGCACGCUACACACGGAUCAAUAUCCAUUGCCAUCCCGAUGAGGAUCAGGAGAAAGUCAAAGCUCUCAGACUGCUCACCGGCUUCGUCAUUCAUGUCAAGCGACAUUUCUGCCCUGCGAAUUUCUCCAAGAGACCAGCAAGCUUGGGGCUGUCAUUGGCAAUCGAGCUUCGCGUCUCCACCUGGCAGCCGUCCCACUUCUACGGACGAAAGGAUGAAUGUCUCUAG